GCGUCAAUCUGACUGCGAACGUCGGACGGAUCGGUCGUGUUUUUUGCGUUCGAGGGAAUCCUUUCGGAUCGAAGAUUGUUUUAGGUUGGUGUGCGGCGAUUGGUGGUCUUGAUUCUCUGCCUUCCGGCAGUUCAACGCAAGGAAGUCAAGGGUGACGCGUUUUACACGCUUGCUUGCCCUCGCUACAAUCAGAAGAGAAGAAACGAAGGAACCUCAAAAAGGAAAGACGAGAAGCGGUGAAGUGCAAAGUGUGUGCGGUGUUGUGCUGUGCCGUGCGGGAAGCCUAACUGGGAGGCGUAUUCUCAUCGCUGUGCGGGAAGUCUAACUCCAAGGCGUAAGUCUAUUUCCGGUGUCGAGCCCAUGCCGUUGAUGCUGAUGGUGAUGUCAAGGAUGAAGAACUCGAAGGCGAUUCUCGAGGGACUGCUGGUGGUGCUGGCGUUGCUGAUGGCUGGAACCGGAGUCGAAUCAAGAGCGGUGAACAUCAGCAACACCUGGACCCUGCCGGAGGACGGUUUCCCCGUCUUUUAUCGCUACUUCCGUGACAAAAUUUCCUGGUUCGAGGCGGACGCCGUGUGUCAGUUCCAUCACGCUAAUCUCGUCACAGUGGACAACGGAGUGCAGUUCGAUGCGGCUCGGGCAUUCCUCAAAGAGCUGGACGUCACCAAUCCGGUGUGGAUUGGCCUAAUGCGACCGGAAAACUCGGCACGGUUCAUCUGGACAAAUGCCAAAACUCUCGACUCGUCCAGUGGCUACUGGGCCGAAUCGCUACCCGCCAUGGAGACUCCUCUCUGCGCUGUGGUCGACCCGGUUCGGGACUUCCGUUGGCACGCACUGCGCUGCGGAGGCCCGGAAACGGCUGCCUUCCUCUGUGAACUUCCAGUUCCAACGUGGGCCACCGACUGCACCGUAACGUCGAUGCCAUCGCUGACUGUACAGUACAUGUCCGAUAGUGGCGCCGUCCAGCUGGCCCGGGAUUGUGGCGAACUGGGCACCCGCCAUAUGUCCUGCCAGAGCAAACUGGACCGGGACACGAUCCUGCAGCAGUUGCAGUGCGGAGAUCAGGAGACGGAUCCGGCCCAGGUCGCGGCUACCGAGAACAAUCAGCUCCCAGAGGCAGGGUCAGCAGUGCCGCAGCAAGCGUCCAGGACUCCCCCGCCGCAGAUCCUGGAGCACGACAUACUCACGGUGGUGUCGAACAAUGACGAGGACAACAACAUCGACGUCAACCCGAACCAGAUCGAGGAUACGGUGAAGAACGUGAUCAACAAGUUUAACCUGGCGGACUUGCUGCAGAACGAUCAAUCGCUGCAUAGCGGCGAGAUGGACGGUCACUACGAGGGACAGGAGAAAGAAGGUAAGAAGAUGACCGGCAAGAAGUAUUCACCGUUGUUCGAGAAGAAGGAAAAAUACGGGAAGAAGGGAGAUCACAAAGCGGACGAGGAUGAGGAGAUGAUGAUGGGCGAUCAGCCAGACGAGACGGAGACGCAGCCGAUCGACAUUGUACAGCAAGCGGUGAAGCCGACCGAGGGCGAUUCGGAUGAGAGUUCAACUUCCGGAGUAGUUGGAAGCUCUACGGGAGGUGCAGCGGUAUCCAGCGAAGUUGCGGGAGCUGAAAGCACUACGGUAGAUUCACGGUUGCGACGAGCGACCGAUGGAGAAGCCGCUGAAGAAUCGACAGUAUCGUCGACAACGGUUGAAGCUUCUACAACCACAGUGACAACAACCACUACCAUGGAACCAACAACGAGCAGCACAGCUAGUCACAUUCUUCCGACAACUCCCAAGAAGGAAAUUUCGGCCAUUGGCGAUCACUUCAUUCCGCCGAUGCUACUGGUUAAGGCCCGGUUUACUUCGACGAAAGCUCACGUCGAUUCCACAACCACUACGGAGAUAGUAACGGAAACUCCAGAGCCAACGUCUUCCAGCACAUCUGCGCCGGCUUCGACUUCUGAAGAGAUCACCACUGCGAUCCUCACAGAAGAAACGUAUUCGGUUUCCGAUAACGGAAGCGACAUCCAAAUAGUUGAAUUUGAUGUCAAAACUUCUUCUCCGGAAAUACCCACCCCUUCCGAAGCCGGCGUUACGACCGCUCAUCAAGUGGUAGAAAUAACCUUUGAAGAUAAAGAAAUGACCUCUAAACUUGGAACUCUCAGCAUCACUACUCGUCCCUUCACGUCAGACGAGCCUCAGUCAACGACUGCUGCUGAAAACGCAACGGCAACUCCGACAACGCCUUCCACCACUGUAGUCUUACCCUCAACCACUACGACGACUACAACUACAACCGCUCCACCAUCCACAACCUCAUCUCCACCCAGCUCAACCACGAUCCCUACGGUAACGACUCUCAAACCAAAGACCUCCUACACUUUCGAACAGCACGACCUCCACCACGAUCUGGGCCCAGACGCCCCUUCGGACGUGUCGGACGAACAGCACGAAGACAACGAAGCCGACCAUCGGAACCACGAGGAGCUGCACAACAGCUUCUCCAACAUCGAGAACUACCAACCGUACAAGCCGAACCGGCACCGCAGCCUCACCAAACCGGAAGUGCACAACAACCACGGUAACUACAUCAAGAAGAUACUCGGUUGAGAGCGGCGGCGGUAGAAGUUAGGGUGGCGACGGCAGCGAUGGUUGCCAUUGACUACGGUUUUCGGUUGCUUCCCGGCGGCGCCAUAAUCCGGCGGCGGUACGAGCGCAGUAGGCGUUUUUAGUUUUUGACAGCACACACACACACACAACUUUUUGACAGAGCGAGCAAGUAGGCCGUGAAACCAUAUAGCAAAUAGACUUUCUCUUCUAAUUUCCCGAUAGCAUCUAGCCCGUUCUUAACAAAACAAAAAAUAGUAGGACACUAGCAGUUUUAACUUUUGACGAUAGUUCUAUCCAGAAUAGUUCUUUUUUAUUCCGACACUUCAGCAAAUCUAGCGAGCAACAAGCUACAUAGAGUAGAACUCCAAUAUUUUAGGUUUUAAGAAGGUAUCUCUCAUCAACAGGUUGAAUGCUGUUAAUGUUAUACUUAAAGUUAAACGUCAAAACAAAGAAACACGUUGCCAAUCAUUUGAAAAAUAAACAAUAUAGACACACUUGGAAAAAAGGGAGAAGUAAGUUUAGAAACGCAAUCAAACGUGUUGGAUGAUUGGCGAACUCUUAAAAAUCAGCAAACAAUUACGAUGAUCUUUAGCUAUAUGUAGUCGAACAACACACUCAAACACACAAACACAAACAAAUACAAUCUUUAUCAGAUCGGUAAGUUAAUUUUGACUGAAGUCAUUGGAAAUUUGCAGCUAAAACUAGAGCAGGAGGUCAAGCUUGAAGAAAACAAAGUGAACUAGUCAAAGAAGGAGUGAAGCAAGCUGAACAUUAUAAGAGGAAAACUCACAAACACAAUCUUUUCGCACCUGCAAAACAACUCUCAUAAAACUUAUCGUGGUUAGUUGGUAAGACAUUUACUGCAGUAACGGAGAUGAUGAUUUUAAUAAAAAUAAAUUAAAUUCA